CUUUUAUAAUAAGAGCUGCAGGUCUACAGUGUUAUGACAGUUAAUAUUAUGCAAAUUCAUUGAACGAUAAUAAAGAGAAGUGUAACCAUUGAUGGGAUUAAAAAAUGUCACAACAAACUGCUCUUGUACAAACUACCAGUGCUGGAUCUGACAUGACACCUGUACUUGGUAGUAUACAAUCAAUUGGACCUAAUACUCAGACAACAACUACUGUACCUAAUAUCCAAACUGGCAACACGGUAGUACAAAUUUUGCAACCUCAGACACAAUCUCAACAAACUCAAUUUGUAACACAACCACCAAAACAACAGGUAGUGCAACAACCAUCUACACAACAGCAGCAGCAGCAACAACAGCAGCAACAACAAGGUUCCUUUAAUGACUUUCCACAGUUCUUAACGAAAACAAGAUUACAAGAUCUUGUAAAGGAGGUAGAUCCAACAGAACAAUUGGAUGAAGAAGUUGAAGAAAUGCUCUUGCAGUUGGCAGAUGAUUUUGUGGAAACAACAGUAAAUGCAGCAUGUUUAUUGGCUAAGCACAGACAUGCCAAUACUGUAGAAGUAAAAGAUGUUCAAUUACAUUUAGAAAGAAAUUGGAACAUGUGGAUCCCUGGUUUUGGUACAGACGAAGUGCGCCCAUAUAAAAGAGCAACAGUUACAGAGGCACACAAACAGAGAUUGGCACUCAUACGAAAAUCGAUCAAGAAAUAUUAG